CAGUCACGAAGACGCAACUGGCGAAUCAACCGUCAGUCUAACAAGUUCCGUCUGCCGUGUAGCACGCUAGCACAUUGAACAUCGACCAUGCGUAUGCUGGUCCUAUUUACCGUCGUAGUCGCGGCCGCGGCACAGAACGACAAACCAAAACCCCACCGCGAACAGUUCCGAGUUAUUUACGAGUGGCAAACCAUUGAUUUUGAAUGGGAGACUCCUGAAGAUCGUGAAACUUAUUUGAACGAAACUAAAUACAUCCCCCAGAAUGUUCUUAUAUCGGGUAUUAAUUAUUACGAGGACAAAUUAUUUUUAACUUUGCCGCGCAUGUUGACCGGAGUCCCGGCAACCCUUGCGACAAUUCCGACCAACCAGAAUGAUACAACAGCGCCGAAACUAAAGCCGUUUCCCAGCUGGAGUGACAACAAAGUCGGUGAUUGUGCUGCUCUUCAGUUUGUGCAAAAUAUUGAAAUAGAUCGCUAUGGUGUUAUGUGGAUCCUGGACAACGGCCGGAUUGGUACGCUGACACAUCGCCCAGACCCUAAAUGUCCACCGUCAAUCGUCCUGAUCGAUCUUAAGUCAGACAAAUAUGAAAUGGAGCGUAUUCCUCUACCAUUAGACAUUAUCAACCCCAACACCACAUAUUUAAAUGACCUCGUAGUAGACAACAGAGACGGUGACUACGCAUACAUAACUGACAACAGCGCCGUGGACCCCGGAAUAAUCGUCUUCCGACGCAGUGAUAAGAAAAUAUGGAAGCUGCGAGACACGAAAUCAAUGUCGUCAACGACAGAAGCGGCGAUUUUCCGGAUCAAUGGCACCACUGUGAACCUUCCCGUUAAUAUUGAUGGAAUUGCACUUGGUCCUCAAUUUCUCACUGAAGAUAACCAAGUCGACAGAACGGUAUACUACUGCCCGCUAGCCAGCAUCCAUUUAUAUGCCAUCAACGCUUCGAUACUCCGAAACGAGUCCUUAGCGGAAGCAGGGGACGGAUCUCUACGCCCUUAUGUCGUGGAUCUCGGAAUGAAGGCCUCACAGACAGAUGGAAUGAAGAUGGAUUCGACUGGUACACUUUUCUACGGUCUAAUUACCAACUCAACCAUUGCGGAAUGGAACAGCACAGCUGCCGACUUCAGUGUAGGUCAACGUACCAUUGCCCGAGAUCCAAAUUACAUUCAGUGGGUUGACCGUUUCACUUUCGACGACCGUGGCAAUAUCUAUGUCGUCAUUAACAGGUUGUUCAAUUUCGUGAAAAAUCAAGUGUCUACAAGCGAUGUCAAUUAUAGAAUUUUAAGGUCAACCACGGGCUUGAAGAGCUACGUGCAUGGUGAAGAUUUGAUUCCACCUUCAGGUCACCAUGAUGCCGCUGCAACUCAAACCGUAGCAGCAUCUUUAAUAUUGCUGGCAAUUGCUCAUAUCUUAGUUUAGUGGAUGUAACUUGACAGAUAGCCGUCGAACCCGAAUCUGUGUUUAUUUAUUGAUAUUCGGGUCGCGUUAAAUUACCAAAAAUUAACAAGUUACCUUGACCCAUGGGUCUUAAUGUUACGGAUAUUUUGCAUUGUAGAUAGCUUUAUAUAUUAAUGUAAGUUUUAAGAUCCGUUGGCCUUUUUAGAGUCGUGAUGAGGAUGAGUUGUUUGUAAACGAAACAAAAGGUCGGGGUCGCGUUGCCAAAUGUCUCGAUACGCUCAGCGACAAACAUUCCAUACAUAAAUACAAAUAAGUAGCGCUUAUUUGUACUUAAAACAAUAAACUCCGGCGAAUGUAUUUAAAAUAUGUGCUGUUUACUUUUCAAUCAUCAUUCAUUUCACGUAACAAAGCGCAGAAAAUAUAUAAAUAUGUUAUUUCACAAUGUGCUCUUUAAUUUUAAGUUCUAAUAUGUGUAUUUGUAAGUAUGAAUAUGCGAAAAAGAUGUGUAAUAAACGUGUUUAUCACAUUAUUGUA